CUAACGGGACACAGGGAGAGGGGUAGUAAGAUGCCCAAAAGUGACACAUGGCCGGGAGGCACUGGACUGGAGGCCAUGCCCGGCAUCGACAGCUCAGGCAGCUGCGACAGUGUCCUGAGCACCAACUCAGGAUUUAGUGAUGACAGCCUGGAGUACCUCUCUGCUGAGGAGAAGGCCUGUCUCAUGUUUUUGGAGGAGACCAUUGACUCACUGGACACAGAAGAUGACAGUGGACUCUCUAAUGAUGAGACUGAACAAAAACCAUGUCCUGAAACUGUGGCCAGCAAACAGGCCAAACUGACUGCCCAUUUCAACCAAAGCCCAAUCAAGAGUGAGGACAGAGAAAUCACCAAGCACGCUGUCAAAAUUAAUGUUGACAAAAAUCUACCAAGCUACCUUGUUCCUACACCCUUUGUCAUUGCGAACAGCACUCAGCCAUCUACAGCUAAACCAAGUGUUGCUCCAAAAAAGAACAAAGUCUCAAAACCUACACGCAAUAUUUCGGAUAAAGAAAUUAAUCCUAAAAUCCCCCAGAGUGCAGAGCCUCCUCCAGUCCCCUUAGAAGUCAAUGUAAUCAUUCCUCCUAAAAUGCAACAGCACUCUGGCAAAGCAGUGGACAGUUCUUUACAAAGAGGCCCUCUGUCCUAUGAUGCACUGGUUUACUUGAGGAAGAAUGCAUCGGAAAAGAAAACACCAUUAUGUCCUUCAGUGGAUCAUACCAUAGAGUCUGUUCCCCAGGACACCGCUACUGGAUCUGUUCAGAGUAAUAUAUCAAGAUUUGACCGGUUUCACCCUGAGUUCUCCCAGUCAAGGACCAUUCCCCCUGCAGUGCCUCCCAAACCAAAAAAGACACCCACUAACUCCAAGACAAAAACUCAAUCCGAUUUAGUUUCAAGUCAUUCCUUCAGUAUCAAGCGCACACCAAAUCCAGAAACUGUGCGACAAGAAGCUUUGCAGAAACUGGGCCUCAUCAAAGAAUCGAAUGAAGCAACUCUACCUACAUCAGGACCAAAAGUUCAAAAUAGUCUGGACUCAGCUACCAGCAAAUUUGUCAAAUCUCCAACUAACAAUAACCCAAUGAGAAGCCCUUCAUUCUGUGUUACUCGUUUGCCCCCAGAGCCCAAGAGCAGGGGUCUACAGAGCAGUGCUAGCUUCCAUCAUUCAACCCGACCCAAUCAGUCGUCUGUAUCACCUAAUAAUCAAACCAGUAGACUGAGAAAUGGUCCACAAAACAACUACAGGAGCGAACCACACCAUCUUGACCAAUCUGAGCCAGUGAAAGGUGUUAACACUGCCCAGUCUGCAACCCCUAAAGCAACUAGUGCAGUGGGCUACACGGUGAUGGUGGUCCCCGGGAUGGGUGCUGACAGGAGGGAGGCACUGAGGAAGCUAGGGCUGCUCAAAGACUGAAUGAAAUAAAGACGUUGACUGUUUGCAUGGAGUGGGCUCAGGAGGAGUCUAGCAGAUUAAAGGAUUUAAGGAGAAUUUAGCACUUGGCACUUUGGCAUUGGCAUAGUAAAACCAAGAGGAUUAGAAAAGGCAAAUAUACACACAAA